AUGGCCGCCAAAAUUGUUGGUUUUCUUUGCGUGCAACUUGCACUUUUCAAUGUAAUUCAAGCUCAAUGCCUGAACAGAUUUCCUGGACUCUUACCUGGAUGUGGUGUAGGACCUGGUCUUCUACCCGUAGAGGAAACUAUCAUCCCAAACCAAGUCCUAUUAAACCCAAAUUACCGGACUCAAGUUGUGGACGUACCGUACGGACUUGAAACCGUCGUCUCCAAUCCAGUUACAUUACCAGGCACCACAAUUAUCCAAGACAGUACGGUUGCCAACAACUUGGCCAAUGCGUUACAACUCUUGGUUGUGAGCAAUUUACUUAGCAACACCUUGCCUACUGCUAAUGAAAUCUACGUCCCAUCCUAUGGCCCUAUGGAUUACGGGAUGGUGUCCCCCAUCAUCAGCUCCUGUGGUUACAGCCCUUACAAUUACAUUUAUUAA